CGUCACCAACCGCGACAGAAUUGACCGAGAACUGAAAGAAGCUCAAAGGAAUGGAGAUGCUGCUAGUUGAUCCAACCUCCACUUGCCUCUCCCCUACAGUGCACUACAUGGUUUGUGAAGCUGGAUUUGAGAUAAAAGCAAACCUUUCUAUUAGUAGCAUUGUGUCCGACAAAGGUGAGAUACACUGGAGAACAAUCACAGAACACAUACAGUAUGGAGAACCAGAUCAAACUGUGGAUUAUGUAAAAAGUGUGAGGUCUUUAGGACCUUUGUGUGAAUCUCUUCACUUACAUCUGCAGUCCCUUACCAGGGAGCAAUUUGAAGACCAGUUUGUGAUCUGGUUCCAGUGGACAAACUGCUCAGAGGUAUUUCUUGAAACGUUUGCCGCUAUAAAGAGUCCACAUGCUACUACAGCCAUUGCACUGAGCUUAAUGAAACUUACAGCAUGUUUGGAACGAGCCUUGGGUGAUGUGUUCUUAUUAAUUGGCAAAGACUGCCCUUUUCUCCUGCGAGACUUGCUUGUGUCUCGAGAACUUGCCACAGUCUUUGGGCAAUCAGUGAUGGAUGUUCUCAGAGUGUUUGUUGGAUCUCCGGAUGGUCUCAAUCUUCGUAAUAUUCUGUGGCAUGGAUUUGCAUCACCCCAGGAAAUUCCUGUGAAAUAUUCCUCUAUGCUGCUUUGUUUAACGGCAGGAUUGGGUCAACUGCUAAAGACUUACCUCCAGCAAACUCAGUCUACUUUAGUUCAUCGACCUUACGUAUCUUUCAGCAACUUGAAAGAGCUGCAUGUUUUUCCAGAUCUUGAUCAUGAAUUGCUGUCGUUGGCUGAUGAAUUAGUAAUCAAAUCAAAUAUUGUAUUAAGAACCAUGUUGCCUUUUUGGAUUACUGCACUAUUGUCAUUUAGACAACGCAGGUAUGCAGACUGUGUUAUACUGUUACUACCUCAGCUGGAGAGUGGACUUAGGUUGCUUUUCACAAAAGUUAAUAAAUGUCCUAGCAGACUAAUGACAGCUGAGUCAUCUUCUCUUUAUACCACUUUCGAUGAGAUGCUAGCAAAACAGUUGCAUAAUGAAGAAGCCAAUCAGCUUCCUUUAGUUCUUGGUGAAUCAGCAAUGGAAUUUCUUUGGGAUUUCUUGAACCACCAAGAAGGCCCACGUGUUAGAGAUCAUCUGAGCCACGGAGAGAGCAGCUUUAAUGUCUUCCCGAGAGAAAUAGCCAAUUCAAUUCUUGCAUUUUCUAUUACCCUCCUGUGCAGAUUUUCCAAAGGUGACAUAGGUGCAGUCAAGGAACACUCAUUCCUAAAACCACUUAUGAGCUGUGCAGAUUGCUAUUGUUCCCAAUUUCAUCCAGUAGCGCAACUUAAGAAACAGGUACUGAAGUGCAUAAAAAGCAUUCAUUCAUGGUCUGUUCUCCCUAUAAUGCCUGAAGAACAAGUUCAAGAAAUUGGAAGGUCAGGGAAAGAUACUGAUGAUGUUCCUUGUACGUUUGCGACUACCGAUAUUUUAUCUCAACUACAACCCUACUUGUCUCAAAGUAUCAGACUUCCAGGUGAUCCUGUGGAGGAGGUUAUAAUUGAGAAGUUAUUGGCUGAUCUCUGCAGCAAGCAUGUUCAUGUCCUCUUCUGCCCACGAUCUGUCCUGGAAAUUGUCGUGGUGCUUCGUCAGAUAAGCAGCCAGUGCCACCAAGUGUCACGUCAAGUCAUUUCCACUUGUGAAACGAGGUACAAGCAGUGGAUAAACAAAUCGCUGAGAUCACGCCAGAGGCACAACUAUCUGCGCAUGAGAAGGAGUAUUAAAUUUCUAUCUCCGGUCUUGCAACUAAUUUUAAUCUUGAUUACGCUGGAACUAAUGCAUGUCCAUACUGCUCGUGAACAGAAUGCUCCUGGAUAUCAACAGUACCUAAAGUUUCUAAAGGUGAUCUUGAAGUACACUGAGAAUCUGGUGACUUACACAAGCCCGGAAAAAAACAAAUGGGAAGAAGCGGCAGAGCUUACGCAGAAUGCUUUGCUAAAAAUCAGAACUUUCUUAGGGAAGCAGCAAAUGCUUGUGCAGUUGGCUAAUUCCUAAUGAAUGUAUGCCUCAUUAGACCUUUAUAGCUUUAAGUUUAAUGGACAUGUCUGACCAGUUUCUACACCUGUCUCGAGUUCACAUUGCCCAAAGUUAACAAUCAGCAACAGUCUGCAGGAGGUGUCUUUUUCCUAUUAGGAUGAAUAAUGAAAUUUGUGGGCCAAGAACAUGUUAACUGAGCCAGAACUGGGUAUCAGCCUGACUCCUCCUUUUUCACAAGGUACUGUUCAUUUGCUCUGCAAUGUAUUUUAUAAUAACGUGAAUGUAUUCUGCCAACUCAGAGGAGUGUAAGACACGUUUUUAAAAUUCUCUUAAUAAACUCCCUUGAUUUUGUUUUUUA